AUGGAAUGGCUCCAACUAGUGAAUAAAAUUGAGGCCUUAGUAGUAGAAACUCUUAAUGGAAGGACAUCUAAAUUUUCUAGUAAACUUUCUGAGAUGACAUACUGGGAUGAGAAAAUGAGAGGCAGAUGGUCAGGUCUGAAGAUUCCUCCAUUUUUAGGAGUGAGCAACUCCAAUAAAAAGGAGUUAAGAGAAGCUUGCAAAUGGCAGGUCCCAAAAAUAGGGUGGGCUAAGCUCAACUUCGAUGGAUCUUCUCAUGGGAAUUUGGGUCCUAUAGGGAUAGGAUGUUGUCUGCAUGAUGAUGUUGGUAGGGAAUUAGCCAAGUUGGCCAAGCCUAAAGGUAUUGAAUCCAAUAAUAAAGCAAAAAUUUUAGCUUUAGUUGAAGGCCUCCUCUUAUGUCAAAACAUGGGUAUUAGUAAGCUUACAAUAGACGGGGACUUAGCUAUUAUUAUCAAUGGCCUUAGAAAAGGUUUUCUCCCUAAUUGGAAACUAAAUGUAAUUUUAUCAAGGGCUCUAAGUCUUCUUAAGGUAUUCAAGAAAACAACCUUCAAUCAUAUCUGCAGAGAAGGUAACUCUAUGACGGAUGAAUUAGCCAAUGCAGGGGUUGAUGGGCGAUUUCUAAGUUAA